CGCCGUGCCAGCCACUCUCCCUGGCUCUAAAUCCAGCCUCUCCCUCUCUCCCUGCUCCUGGCUCCUCACUCGCGUCUGGCCUCACCUCUCACUCUCCUCUCAUCCUCGUGCGACACUCAUUGAUAGCGUGUAAAGGAGUCCCCCGGCAGGAAGUGAUCGAGGAGGUGCUGCUGACGUUUCGGUGGUUGGAGCGCUGUGGGGCGUGUGAGAGGGGCGUGUUGUGUGGUGUUGGGAGAGUGGGAAGUGAUGAGGACAGUGAUGUGAUGAGACCUAUGGAGUGAGUGAUGGGGUAACAAAAAUAGUCUCAAAGUUUGGAGAGUAGUGAUCGAGGAGAGGAUGUAGUGAGUGGGUGAGGAGGAGGUGGAGGAGGAAGAGGUCUGGAGUAAAGAGUGUGUACGACUGAUAAUGUAGUGUGAGAUAAUGAGUAAAACAUACGACAGGAAUAAAGGGAUGAGAGAAAAAUAGAGAGAGGAAAGAGAGAGAGAGAGAGAGAGAGAGAGAGUGUGUGUGUGAGGGAGCGUGAGGCCGAAUAUCGACGGAGGCCGGGGGUGCCGCUGGCCGCAAGUACUCCUAGUUACGACUCACAACAAAAACGUUAUUGAAGCGGAUAUUACUCCCCUGUGUACCCUCCCCACGUACCUCCCUCCCCCCCACCACGUACUGGGUAGCUGUGUAAUGGUCGUCGGGAAGACAAUAACGUAGGAAUCGAUCAAUAGUUAAUAGAUCAAGAGUGUCUUUUAAGUGUUAUUGAAGUGUUGACAUAAGUGUGUGUGUGUGUGAAGAGAAAGAUUGUGGCAUCUCCCAGGAAGUGAGCAUAGAGUGUUAAGUGUUGCGUUGGUUGUUUGGUUGUGUGAGGAGGAGUUGGUUGGGUGGUUGGUGAGGCGUGUAAACAACGUGGCGUGGUGUUAGGGGCGGCAUCAACAGGUUUAGUGGAGGUGGCGGCGGCGUCGUAGGGUCAGCUGAUUGGUGUUGGCGGUGGUGACGUCCUGCCUCGCCCACCUCUCACUGUCUCCUACCUCCACGCCCUCACUCACCUCUCACCCACGCCUGCCUCUCUACCGUCACCCCAUUUCUCAUCACUUAUCUCUCACCCUCGCCACUCACCAGCUUCCCCAGGGACCUCCCCUCCCGGAUAAUGCCAGAGGCUGUGUUUCCCCGCCUGCCAUAUGUGGAGGAGUGAGAGCGGUAGGAGUGUGUGUACAGCGAAGAUGACGACCAGAGGGCCACAGUGUGCACACUUCUCCACCGUCAGUCGGCCGCGCCCCUGGCCACCCACUUCUGCAGUAGCAGACACCAGCUAGUGUCCCACUAUGAGGAACAUCACUACCCCCUGAGCUCCUCCCCCCUCCUCCCCCUUGCCUCCUCCCAUCCCUCCUCCUCCCGGUUUAUGCUGGACGUCCUUCUGUCUCACCUCCUGCCGGGGAGCUGUACUGGUUACCACUUUCCACCUCUCCUGCUUCUCCCGGUUGAUGGUCGAGGCCCUCCCACCUCCCGUCUUCCUCCGGUUGGUGCUACAUGAUGGCGUCAGGGUCUCCUCCUCCCCACCAGCAGGAACACCACCACGAGAGGCCACCACCAAGCCUCGACCCUCACCUCCUCCAUGGUAGCAGCGUAGCGUCGUCUGGCGCAGGGGUGGUCGCAGGCGGCGGCGGCACCAAGGGAGGGUGCGGUAGGUGCGGCCAAGCCUUCUCCAUCUUCUUCAACAAGCGGGUGCAGUGCGGCGGCGGCUGUGGCCUACCCGUGUGCCGCAAGUGCGCCCCGUGGAGUACCGCUGCCCAAACCUACGUGUGCGGCGUGUGCUCUACCCAGCAGCCGCAGUCUACCACGCAUGCGGCCACCACCACUCCCAAGACCCCUGAUGAUGCACACCUGAGACAAGUGGAGGAUAGUGUUCGCUCCCACAUAGAGGCCUUGGUGGAGUCCCAGGUAGGCGGCCCCCUCGACCAGGUCACCGCCGCCCCCUCCACCACCCAGCCCCACCCUGCUCGACUGGACCUCGACAAGAUCUCGGAAAACUCCAAGUGGGAUCUACUACUUUACUAUUACUGUUUCUGUCACGAGGACCAGGAAGAAGGGGGUGUUGCUGCAGCCUCUACUUCUGCUGUCUCCCCUUCUGCUGCCGCUGCCGCCGCCGCCGCUGCUGCUGCUUUUCUCUCUCCUAUGGGUGAUCGUCCGCUGCCUACUGAGGACCUGCCAACCUCCCGCCACACCCAGCUCUCAGAUCAGCUCACUCACGCCAUCAAGGACGCCAUGAUUCUCCCACGUCAGAUGGAGGGGUACGACCCGGCCGUCUCCCCGGAGACGCCCGUCGAGGAUUUCAACUCCCACACCUACGAGGACAUCCUGGCCACCGCCAUUCUCAACAAGGUUUUAGAAUCAUGUGAGGGAGGACGGCCAAAUGAGGUGACAAUAGAGGUCAGCCAUGAUGUCACCAGCACAGACACAGAUAGUGGCAUGUCAGGUGGAGCCAAGGAGAGUCGGCGAGGACGACACAAAAGAAGUGAAGUGAGUGAGGCUGGGUCAGAGGGCAGUGAGGAGAGAUCUCUGACUCCUCCUCGCCAUCCUGCCCACAGGCCAACCACCAUCAGCCCUGACCAGGGUGUAGUCACGGAUGAUUGCUGGGCCAAUGCUGUCACAACAGAAGGUGCACCACUACAAUUUAAGAUUGAGGAACACGUCGAGGAGAUCACCACCCACCACCUGACUGAUGAUGACCAGGACCUGGAGGGGAUCUAUGAUGAAGACGUCAGUGACUCUGGCGGGUCGUGGAGAGGUUCCCGCUGUUCCUUGGAUGACUCAAGAGAGAGGAGACACCAUAAAGUGUCUCACCACUCAGUGACAGAAGAUCCUCUACUGUCCACCAUUAACGUUGCUCUUCCUGACCCCGCCCACAUCACUUCCAGGAGGGUGUCAUUUCCCGAGCUUGGUGCUGAUAUUAUUCAUGACUCAUAUGCUGAUGCAGACGAGUGCGAGGCUGGUCCCGGCGACAUGGUGGUGGACUCGGAAACAUGGGAGGAGAACUGGCUCUUCCGUCGGCAGCGGCUGGUGGGGGCCGCUGGUUCUGACCCUGUCACCAUGCUCAUCCCAAACCCCGAGGCCCAUGUUCCAGCCACCGUGGGCAACAGGGAUGUGGAUGAAUUGUCAGAGCUGUCGGAGCAACAGUCAUUUGGUAGUGGAGAGCCAUGGAGCGACAGUGAGGGUGAAGGAGAGGCAGGGGAGAGUUACCAGCCCAGCACAGCCUCCAGAGAACUCUCCACCUUAGCAGGAGAGAUUGUGGCAGAGUUUGCUCAACAGGACCAGGAGUACACAGUAGACUACAGUGUUCCCAGCAGAGUCACAACAGCAUCCACAACACAGCAGGGAGGUGGCAGGAAGCACUCACCCACACAGCCUUCACCUACACAGUCUCAUAAAUCCUCAACUAUGCCACAGUCAGUUCAUUAUCUCUACACAAGUCAUAAAGAAGUUCCCACAGGCUAUCAUGAUGGGAAAACUGUAGAAGGAAUAAGAAAUCCUGUAAUUGUUGGAAAGCCACGAGUAGAUCCAGAUACUAUAUCAGACAGUGAGAGACCAGUGCCAAAACCCAGGAAACUUUCUUUGGCCACAACACCUCCUUCCAAGACAUCUAUGAAGUCUCCUCUGCAGCUUCUACCAUCUCCAGCAGAAGAUUUGACCAUUUUAAGUCCUCCCUUGGAUAUGCCUCACCCAAAGAAUGUAUCCAGUACAAGUGAGACAGUGUGGUUUGUGGAAACUCCAGAAGAUUAUACAGUGAUGCAAGGUCGUACGCUGCGUCUUGCUUGUCAAGUUAACACCAAGAAGCCUAUGGGUUUGAGUUGGUAUCACAACGGUUCUUUGGUCCCUGUGAAUCAUCGCGACUACUGGGUGUUUCGUCGAGGAUCCCAUCAUCACCUACACGUGUAUGGCAUGACACCUUCUGCAGCUGGUGUGUAUGCUGCCGCUGCUUACACUACCACCCACUGUGUUUGGGUCUUCUGUAGAGUACAACAUAAAGCAAACUCAAGGCCUCAGAAACGUCCCACCUUUACAAAAGGGUUGUCAGACAUCACCCUUGAGGAGGGUGGAGAACUGAACCUUCAGUGCCAAGUACAAGGUCACCCAGAACCUCGAGUCAUCUUCUCAAGAGGCCUAGUGAAACUAGAACCUUCCUCCCGGCUUGCUGUAGAGAGUGAUCAAUAUGGUACUUGGACACUAAGACUGGCAGAGUGCACACUAGCAGACAGUGGGGAAAUCACCGCCACUGCUUUUAACAUGAUGAGCACCAUAACCACCCGAUGUCACGUCAGGAUUGUCCCAGAAGGUACCCCUAUUCCUCAACAAGAUCGCACUGACACUGGGAGAUUGAAGCCAUCAAGCUCACAAGUAAAUAAACAGGACCCCAGGCCAGGUGGCAGGCACAAUCGCAAGAAACACAACCCUGGCUCCUACCCCUCCAACACCACACGGCCCACCUCGGGGAACCUACUAACCUCUGCCAAAACAUCCAGUCUGCCACAUCGGGACCAAUUAACUACAUCCUCAGGUGUUAACACUGACGUUGAUGACCUGGAUGAUAUUCAGCAGGUGCCAACAAGACCAGGUAUAACUCAGGAGGAUGUGUUCAGCUCUACGUAUGGGCCAACUGUAGACAACGAGCAUGUUCUCUCUCAUGACCAAACAACUGUGGAUGAAGACAGUGACUUGAACUCUUCAGUGUUGCUUGAUGGUGGCAGAGCUUAUAAGUGUAAAGUGCUUGGGAUGGAUAAGUCCUUAGAACCUAUAGAGUACGGUGAAACAAUAGAUAAUUCAACUACUGAUGGUGGUAAUAGUGCUGAUGCAUAUGCUCCAUUAUUCAAGGAUGCUUCUGCCAGCUUAGAAUAUUUGGCAGAAGAUAUUAGUAACCCCUCGUCAUCUUUGUGUGAAGAAUUCCCUAAUCUUGCUUCCAAUGGCUUAAUUUCUCCAUCCAGCUCUCCCUGUGGUGCUAGUCUUGGCCUUGACUAUUAUCCCUCCAGUCAUGACGAUAACCCCUCAGACAAAGAGGAACUGCCAGUGAUAAUGUCAUCAGUUUUAAGUUACUCUUCCUCUUCAACUGCUAUAGAUCAAAGAGUUAACAUAGACCCUUCAGUAAACAUCAGCCCCCUAUUCCCUCUAACCACUGACCAGCUGCAUGCUUAUACCACCCUGAGGGACCAACAUCAGGAGCAUGAAGAAUGCCCUCAGGGUGAUAAACAUGAUCCUGCUUGCCUGUUAACUGCAUCGCGUCCUCCUACAGGUACAAUUGCAGACAGAGAACAUCGCAAGUGGGAGGCUGCAGUGUCAUUGCCUAACAACCCUUAUGCCCCUGAGCGCCUUGUUCAGCGCCUCUCACUUUGCCACACAUCAGACCACACACCCCAGCCUCGCCGAACUCUCAGUGUAGAAUUCCCCGAGGAGGGUGAGAAGGAGGAGGUGGAUCCCAGCCUGCGCGAUGGAGUGCCACCAAAAACUGACCUUAACAGGUACAGCCGGGAUUACUAUGUAACUCCAGCCACUGGUGUCAGGGCUUCUUCCAAAAACUUCAAGCACCAGAAAAGUCAACAACAGCAGCAUCAAGAACCUCAAGCACAUCAACAAAAGAAGCAACAUCAGCAGCAGCAGCAGCCAGGCCAUCAACAGCAGUCAUACAAAACUCAUCAACAUCUGACACUCAAUGGACAUCAAGCAGUAACGAGGACAUCAUCAGACUUUUCUUCAAAUGCCCAGAUACACAUCAUUGGAGGUGGACUACAGAACACAAACAAAAGUAACAGUGAGGCAACGUUGCACUGUUUACGGAAAGCAGAGGUGGAGUCCUCCCGUCCUAGUGACUGGAAGGACGAGCUUCGUGACAUUCAGGCUGCCCACGUGGAACAAGAGGUUGCUAAAUUCCAACAAACUAUUGACGAGACUCAACGGAGGUGGGAGGAAAACUAUGCCCGAGUUGUUCCCAGAAGUACCCACACUAAUGGACAGUCUGACAGUUCCACGGAAGUCCUCCACAAUCCACGUGUUGAUGCAUACCUGGUACCUCCUCGACAUGACCUCUGGAGGACAGUGAGUGAGGACACUAUUGCAGCACAGCCAAGAGACAGAACUGUGCUGCAGCCCUUUUUAAGACAUACCAGCGUUGAUAACCUCCAGCCCUCAACCAAAGUCUCCAAUCUACGUAACCUGGGGUCACUUCCUCAGCAGAAUAUGAACAGUAUGAAUUCUGUGAGCAGUAUGAGCAAUAUUAACAUUAACAGUGUAACUGGUCUGGGUAAGAGUGCCAACUACCAGCACCAAACACACUAUAACAGGUCUAUGGAGAGUAUGAGCACGUAUAGUGAUGGUGAGAGCCAAGGUGAGGGGAUCGACAGUGAUGCUUCAACACGCACGCCUGAUGAAAUGCCAGUGUUACCGUCUGUCAGGAAAUUAGCCUGCAAGUUUGACCAAGCUAGCCAAGAGAGAGUUAAUGAUUUAGACAAACGUGGAAAGGAUAAUGCUCUUUCAUACUAUGGGAAGAAAAACAUCCUCCUGAUUGAGAAGUCAACAUUCUCUGACCAGCCAUACACUCGUAGCUUCACAAACAACCUUAAUAAGCGAACAGAGAAGCCGUACAUUGUUAAAGAGGUUCACAGCUUAACAGCUCGAAGUGUUCCUCGACAAUUCCGUGAAGGUUUACGAAAUUCUCACACAAUUAGCCAGGACUUAUCUUCCAAGCCACCCUCACACCACUCCUCCCACUCUCCAAGAAGAGAUGCACCAUCCCCAGAACACCUUGGCAUUCCGUGGGGUCCAGCAGCAAUUCCAAUACGACCAACUCAAAUUCACGGUGACACUAGCGAUGAUUCAUCUGCCACUUCUGGAUCACCGCGCCGUGUCCCCAGGAGGAGGAGUGGGGGACGCCGUGACCAUCCUGGGUGGUACGCGCGUCCAGAGUGUGGCUCACUUACUGAUCCAGCCACGCAUGCUGCUGCUGAUAGUUUCUGCUGAGGUGAUCUGAAGUUUUUGUACUGUAUUUUAUGUGUGACAUGGUAGUGAAAGUCUUAAAAGAAAUUAUCUUAUGUGACUAAAUAUUAACAGAAAAUGAGAAUAACCUCAUCCUAGUGUGAUUAUUGAUGCCUUAUUCAACAUAUCAAAUGUUGCAUUAAGGGUGACUAAGUUAAGUGUUACGUUAAUAGUUACAUACAGUAAGUGUAAACAAAUGGGUAUACUGUAUUGUAUAACAGAAGUACACAAGGAAGUUUCAGAAGCUUGAAAAGUUUCAUAAUUAUCAUGUGGGAUACGAUGGAAUUUAAAGUAUCUUGUUAUUCACAAGACUUAAAAAGUGAGCAGAAAACAAGUCUGUCUCGUAAAUGAUGUGCACUGUACUUACAAGCUUCCAGACAAUUAUCUGAACUCCAAAAUGGUUUGAAGAACUUCAGCACAUUCACUUCAUUUGUGAUUUUAGUGACCUUUGGUAUGAACAUAAAGUGACUUACUACAAUGUAAUUUUAGUGAUUUAAUGUUACCUGUUAUUCAGGUGAUAUUUGUACAGGUACAUAGUAUUGAAAUAAUAAUGAUACUCUAGUAAUUUUACAUUGUAGAUUAAAUACUGAGGACCAGAAUUUUUUAUGUAUUAUAGUGGACUGGUCACAUAAUGAAUGUACGGUAUUAAGAUAUUAUUUACAUUGUCUGCUGUACACACCAUUGUAAAUAAGCAUAAGUCAGGAACAACAUUUUUAUUUUUUGUUUAAAUCAGGAUCACUGUGAAUUUAAUUCAUAAGUCAUCAUUAAAAGUAUUAGGAAUUAAAUACUAUGUAAAAACUUGAGAUAAAUAUCAUUUCAUAUUAUACAUAUAUAUAUAAUUUUUAAAUUAGGUUCAUAGCUACCGGCAUUGCUUUUUAUUAUUGUUGGUAAUAUGGUACUGUACAGUAUACUGUAUUGUGAUUGGUAGCUGUGAUCAAACUAGUUUAAUAGUAACACUGUUGAGGCAGCAGCUGUAGCAAUGACCAGUCAUGAAUAUUUUGUUUGAAUCUGUUGUAGUAAUAAUUACUUUUCUCAAGGAAACUUGUGCUCCUGCAUUAUUGAUUGUAACUGUACUGGUGCCUUUCACAACUUUGUGACUAACUGCCUUAAGUGUUUGUGAUUUUUGUUGUACAAUAUAUGGUGAGAUUAUUAUUGUACCCAGAUGAAUUGUUACACUUGAUUCUAGAGGCAAGGAAUGUAUUAGAAACUAAGUAUCACCAAAAAACUUUCACCAGCUGAUAUUAACACAAGCACACAAUAAACUUAUGGGAUUACUAAAAAACUGUGUAAAAGGAUAGAAAAUUUGUUACAGUAAACUAGGAAGGUAAAGCUGUACAGUAAUUUUCAUGUUUAUAUUGCUUUAUACAUUUUACAGAUUCUUAGUCAUAUUGAUGUAUGCCCAUUAACAGCAGUGGAUUAAUCAAAGAGAAAACUUCUGCCUAUAUCCUGUUGGUCUCCUUGUACCAAGCAGAAUAGCAUACAGGUAUGUGAAUUAUCCUCCACAAAACUCUAGCUCAGAAUGUCUUGGUAGGUUCCUUUAUGAACUCAUCCCUUAUACAAGUACAUGCCUUCCGCUUACUCAGUCCUGUUGUUGCUUAUUAUCAGUCAGUCAGGCACCUGAGGAUUGGUCACCAUGGCCUUCCACUCCUAAUGUCUUUCAGUUAUCUUUACCAGUCCAUCCCAGUGUGUACCCUACAUAAAAUUUACAAACUCACUAUGCAAACCCCAAUACUCUUCUGAUAUUCAUAAUAUGAGAUUUGAAACGGCACAUUGUAACUGUAAAUAUCAACUGAAGCAGUCACUCAGCCCAGAACAACAGUACUGUGUUUAGGGUUUUCCAUCCACCUAUAGAAUCAAGUGAUAUUUGAACAAAUUGUCGUGUUAUUAACAAUUAUUAAUUAAAAAUGUGGAUCAAGAAAAUUUUAGGUAUCACACUAAAAUAUAUAGUACAGUAUAUGUACUUCUGUUUACCUCCCAUUAACACAGAUUUGGUUCCAAUUGCUUAUUAACCAUGUGUCAUAGAAUUAAUGUGUCUCUAUACUAAUUUCAUGAUUGAAACAUGACUAAUAUAAACCAUGAAAUAAGAACAUAGCAUCUAUGAAUAACACACCUUUUACAAAUAUAACCAAGUGCAGUUUUUGGAAGAAAUUGCUGUCAAUAGAUGGCCUAGGGAUAAACUUUUUGUUUCAAAUAAUUAAAAGAAAAUUUAGGUUUCAGUGCAAGCUUUUUACAUUCUGGUUUAGCGUGCCAUAAUGAGACAUCACAUUUGGAAUUAUCUGUAAGUUCUAACUCUUAGUACAGUUCCUGUUAAUCCAUAUACAAAUGUGAAUUUUCAUUCAUGAAUCAAAUAUAUGGGCCUUUUAUA